AGAUCGAGUCAAAUGAAGCGAAGCUAAAACGAUUGUCUGAGAGCGAGGGUGAGUUGGGAAAUAGAGGAAAGACGGCAUCUUCGGUUAGCUGCCUUCCUCAAUCCCCUGUCGGAUUCCAGGAAGACUUUGAGAAUUUCUCAUCUGGUUCUUCCUUGUUUUCAUCAAGAUCUGUUCAUCUUACAGAUUCAAGAGGAACACUAUGGCGAUUGCUGCUCUCAGAAUGGUUUUGAAGCAAGGGUUUGAUCUGUUUCAGUAGAUUUCAAGCCAGUUCAUCUCCGAUUCUUGCUAUUUUCCGGAGAUUCGAUCUGUUUUGAGCUGACAGCAAUUCUGAAGGGAAGAUUCCAUGUGUUUUCCGAAUUGGAAUCUAGUUCCUCGGCGAUUUCUCUGGGGUCAGUGUGCCUUAUGAUAUUAUAAGGGAGGGAUUUUGUUCUUCCUAGGGUUUUUUCAGAUAUGGCUGAUGAUGAUUUGAUUGAGCUGAAGUUUAGGUUGUUUGAUGGUACCGAUAUUGGACCCAAUAAGUACGAUCCUUCUACUGCGGUUGGAUCUCUCAAGGAGAGCAUAUUGGCUAGAUGGCCCGCCGGCAAACAAAUUGUUCCAAAGACAAUAAAUGAUUUGAAGCUUAUAAAUGCUGGGAGAAUUUUAGAGAACAAUAGAACCCUUGCAGAGUCCAGGGUACCUGUUGGCGAGCUUCCUGGUGGUGUAAUUACAAUGCAUGUUGUUGUGCGGCCUCCCGCAAUCGAUAAAAGCAAUGAAAAGCAGCUAGCCAAUGCCUCAAAGAUAAACAGAUGUUCAUGCUCAAUCCUUUGACUAAACUGGAUUCCUCCUCUCAUUUCAAGCCUCUGUAACUCCUCGCUCUCUGCAAUGAACCAGAAAUAACUGCAAUGGUUCUCAAUUAUGAUCUGCAGUGAGGAAGAAAGAAGAAGAAAGCAUUAUUGGUAUUGUUUGUGUUAAGAACUUGGAAUGGUUUGAUCACUUUUAUACUUUGUUAAGGUGUGAAAUGUAAAAUGGAGAAAUUGUUGAGAUAUAGUGAUUUAAGCAGAGCCUUAUAUCUCUCAGCUUGCUUCAUAAACAUAGUGUGCUGCUUUUUUUUUUUUUAAAUUUUUUGUCAAAAUAAACUGUUAUUUAUGCAAACAAUGCAUUAGUAUAAUGUCUCUGUAUAUUUUGAUGGAGUGAUUUAAUUUGCAAAUGCAA